UUUUACAUCAAUUUCUUCAUUUUCUAUCUUCUUUGAGAUGGAUUCCCAACUUUCCAGCAACUGUGAUCACCGUUCGUGUAAAUAUCUUGACAAGGUUGAAGGGAAAUGUUGUGCAGAAUGUGGAGGGAAGAUCUCGGUCUCGGAUGGUGCCUUUGCUUGUCAAGGCUGCAACGGUUGCCUGCACAAAUCAUGCGCUGUUAAGGAGCCUCGUCGUGAUCUGUCUCAUGAGAUUACGCACCCCCUCCACCUGCGGCACCGACUUCAACUCGAAUGGAGUGGUUUGGAUUUCAUUUGUGAUAAAUGUUUGUAUAUAUCUGCUGGGUACGGAUACAGAUACAGAUGUGCUUCCUGCGAUUUCAGUCUUGAUUUCGCCUGUGGUUCUCCGGCCAGUGGUGAGCUUCCUAAAGAUGAAGAGCCGCUGAGGUUUAAAGAUGGGAUGAAGAAGACAAUCCAGCAUUACAGCCAUACCCACAAGCUGAGCGUCUUCAAAUAUAGGAAGAUACACAAAGAAGACUUGGAUUGUUUCUGGUGUGAAAAACAUCUAUCGGGAGUGUGCCAUGGUUGUCCACGGUGCAAGUUCCAUCUUCAUCCCGGAUGCAGUGAUAAGAUACCAAGGACACGUACUCAUCCAUUUCAUCCUAGGCACCCUCUUCGCUUAAGCUAUCUCGAUUUUCAUGGGGGGCACUGCAAUGCUUGUAAUAGUUAUGUUCAUAGUUAUAACACUUGCUAUAAGUGCGAGAAGUGCAGCUUCUGUCUUGACAUGAACUGUGCUAAACUCUUGCCCACCCUAAAACUUGCCUGCCACUUUCACCGUCUCGCUUACUUCAGAGAUACUUCUAGGUUGAACUGCCGCGCCUGUGGCCUGGUUUGCGGUGGUAUUUAUAGUAUUUGUCGUUGUGUGCAAUGCGAUGUUAGUUUCCAUCCAAAAUGUGUUUUACCAUCAGAAGCUAAAUCAAAGUAUCAUAGGCAUCCACUUAUCCUAACAGAACCGGUCAAAGAAGAUGAUUCUGAUGAAUUUUGUUGUGAUGCUUGCGAGAAGGAAAGAGAUCCGAAGCAUCCUGUGUAUUACUGUCAAAGUUGCACAUUUGUGGCUCAUAUUCAAUGUCUACUCCCUCAUGAUGAUAAUGAGGAUCAAAUUACAUCCUCCAUGGAAAACGAGGAAGCUUUGUCUGAGAAGGAAAUGGAGCAGAAUGAAGGGACUAAUGGCAUCCACACUCUGUUUAAACCUAUCAUCCACCAACAUGAAAUGUACGAGGUAACCGAGGAGUUGAAAGGCAAAAAAUAUUGUCGAGCUUGUCGUCUGGAACUUAAUGGUCCUAGCUACUUCUGUAAAAAAUGUAGAGGUGGCUUUUACCUGCAUGAAAAAUGCACUAAAUUGCCAUUCGAGAUACCACACCCUUUUCAUUCUAGCCAUCCUCUUUACCUCUCAUCUCUCCUUCAAAUAUGGGGAAGUGGAUUCAUUACAUGUGAUGAGUGUAAAGACAUUUGUCGUGGCUUCAUAUAUUUGUGCGAGCAGUGUGAUUUCAAGCUUGAUGUGAAAUGCGCUGCUUUAACAUCUCAUAAAACUAGGGUUUCACAAGAAAAGAAGAUGGAUAGAGUAGCCGAGUUGCAGCAUUUCAGCCACGAACAUAAUCUUGUCCUUGGCUACUGCAACGACCCUAUAGAAAGAACAAAAUGCGCAAUUUGUGAACUGCCAAUCUUAGGUCCAGCUUAUUUUUGCCCCAACCAAAAUUCCUCUUAUAUUCUUCAUGAGUCUUGCCUUAGGCUACCACAAAAGAUUCAAGUCCCAUUUCAUCUAAAACACAUGUUGGUUAUCCAAAAAUCUCGCAAGUACUCAGACACACCAUGUUAUGCUUGCCCUUUGAGCAUAGAAUCAUAUAACUUUGCAUAUAAUUGUGAAGAUUGUCAACUUGACCUCCAUCCUAUAUGUGCUAAUUACUUAAAGAGACCCUUGAAAUGUGAGUCCCACUUAGAUGAUCUUUAUUAUUUUGGGACAGAUUUUCAAUUACUCUGUGCGAACUCCAGACCAUCAUGGGAAACCCAUUUUUCUUGUUAUAAAUGUGAAAAUAUCUGUAAAGGAGAGCCCUUUUAUCGUUGUCUACAGUGUUCCAUCAAUUUUCAUUUGAAAUGUGUUCCCAUACCAGACAUUGUUCAAUCCAAAUAUCAUCGUCAUCCUUUGACCUUGAAAGAUUCUUUUGUUGAAGAUGAUUCUGGAAAGUAUUAUUGUGAUUUUUGCGAGGAAGAAAGAAACUCAAAAGAUCAUGUAUAUUAUUGUAAAGAAUGUAACGGCCAGACCAUUGCUCACAUAGAAUGUGUUAUCAUUAGAGAAGUAAGUAAAUUACAUCUAUGA